AGAUUACGAUUACAGAACAAUGUUCAAGAGGGAGGGCGCAAAGUACACAUGUACACGUGACAACGUUUUGAACAAAAAUAAAACAUCAGGGGCUGUUUUGGCUGUGAGUUUAAAGGUAGAUAAGGCAGUUUUCCGAAUUUUCAAAAUGUUUUCCACCCUUUCAAAACCAGUUACAAAUAUUUUUAGAUUAUCUAGUCAUAAAUUGAAUUCUUUACUAAGAAUGUCUUCGAAUUCUGCUUUACAGACGUUGUCUGUAUCAGUACCCAAAGAAUUUGUUUAUCAUGUUAAACUUAACAGACCUGAGAAAGUAAAUGCAGUAAAUCAACUUAUGCUGUCAGAAUUAAAAAAGUGCUUCUUUGAACUGAGUGAAGAUGAGAAUUGUAGAGUAAUUGUGUUAUCUGGAGAAGGAAAACUAUUCACAGCAGGAAUAGACCUUACCAACUUCAUCGGAAUAGCCUCAAAAGUGGCCCAAACAGAGGAUGUAGCUCGUAAGGCCAAAGUGUUCAACAAGACUAUUGUAGAUUUCCAAGAAGCUAUAUCGUCCUUAGAACUAUGCAGAAAGCCUGUUCUCGCUGCUGUUCACUCCGCAUGCAUCGGGGCUGGUGUUGAUUUGAUCACUGCCGCUGAUAUGCGGUAUUGCACAAAGGAUGCAUAUUUUCAAAUAAAAGAGGUAGAUGUUGGUUUAGCUGCCGAUGUCGGAACUUUACAAAGGUUGCCCAAAGUCAUUGGUUCAGACAGUCUGGCCAGAGAAUUGUGUUAUACGGCAAGAAAAAUGCAUGCAGAUGAGGCUUUGAACUCUGGGCUAGUAUCUCGAGUAUUUGGGGAUAAAGAUGAGAUGGUAAACGCUGUGGAAGGCAUUGCUGAAAGCAUUGCAAAGAAAAGUCCUGUAGCAGUUCAAAGUACCAAAGCAAGCCUCGUCUUUUCCAGGGAUCAUUCCGUACAAGAAGGACUGAAUCAUAUUGCAUUAUGGAAUCAAAUGAAUCUACAGAGCGAGGAUUUAACUCAAUCAGCAAUGGCCCAAAUGACGAAAGACAAAAAUGUUGUUUUUUCCAAGUUAUGAGUAGACAAUUUAUUUUAAUGUCUUCUAUAGGAAAACUAUUUUGUUUUUGUUUCUGUUAUAUAGACAGUUUUAUAUUUUAUGGUAACUACACAGAGUUUUCAUAGGCAAACGUUUGACUACAAAUAAUUUUUUUACAAUUUUCUAAAUCAAGGAGGGGAAGUGAUUUUUUAACUCGACGUUUUCAUUUGAAUUUUAUGUAAAUUAGGAUAUUUCACAGCUUUCUACAGAAGAGAAAGUCUAACAUCAUUUCUAUGUACUUUAUGUGUUUGUGGCCUUAUGCAUAAAUUUGUGAUAUAUCUCUACCUAACUAAUAAAGGUAAAAUUGGUACCUC